ACAAGAUGCAUUCCCCAGAUGUACAAAACAAAAAGGGUGGAAUUGCAGCUCAGGAAAAUUGUUUACAGGAAAACACACUUGAUCCUUCUGAUGGAUCUGUAUAUUCUGUAUCUGAUUUACAUUUUGACUCAGUUGCAGUCUAUGACAACAGGAAUUCAACUGUAAAUGAAACAAAUGAUGGCAGGAAGUUCGGUGUGCCACAUGAUCAUAUAAACAACUGCUACAUUCAAAACCCGGAUUUUGCUUCCAUAAUCAUUAGGAGGAAAGAACCUGAGCUCUACCGAAAUGGGUGCACUCAGAGAAUACGUGCUUUUGAAAGAAACCUGUUGGAUGGAAAUAUGUCUCUUUCAGGAAAUGUAGAAGAUGUACAGAAUGAAAAUUUAGUAAGAGUAGAUGAAGGUAAAGCAGUGCCUGUUACAGCUAAUCCCAAGGCUGAUAUUAUCUGUGAAACGGAUAAACCAGAUGAAGUUAAAGUGGUGAGCGAAGUUGCUGACCAUGUCAAAGUGCCACUUCACAGAAAAAAGGCAAGAUUUAGGCUAGGGCUUCGACCUAGAUUACAUUCUGACCAUGUCAAGGAAACUAAUAAAGCAUCACAAUUUUCUUGCACAAAAGGUUCUCCAUGUGUAUUGGAUACUAAUGCUCCCUCAAGGAAGAAGGGGAAGAAUUCUUCAAGGGUAUGUACAAAUGAAGUCCAGAAGGAUCCUGUGUCUCCUUCUUUUCCUAAAGUAUCCACAGAUGCAACUACAAUAGUUGAGCAGUCAGGAUCUCAUGAUGUACAGAACGAAACUUCAGUGAGAGUAGAUGAAGUUAAAGCAGUGCCAGUAACAACUAAUGAAGUCCAGAAGGAUCCUGUGUCUCCUUCUUUUCCUAAAGUAUCCACAGAUGCAAGAUUUAGGCUAGGGCUUCGACCUAGAUUACAUUCUGACCAUGUCAAGGAAACUAAUAAAGCAUCACAAUUUUCUUGCACAAAAGGUUCUCCAUGUGUAUUGGAUACUAAUGCUCCCUCAAGGAAGAAGGGGAAGAAUUCUUCAAGGGUAUGUACAAAUGAAGUCCAGAAGGAUCCUGUGUCUCCUUCUUUUCCUAAAGUAUCCACAGAUGCAACUACAAUAGUUGAGCAGUCAGGAUCUCAUGAUGUACAGAACGAAACUUCAGUGAGAGUAGAUGAAGUUAAAGCAGUGCCAGUAACAACUAAUGAAGUCCAGAAGGAUCCUGUGUCUCCUUCUUUUCCUAAAGUAUCCACAGAUGCAAGAUUUAGGCUAGGGCUUCGACCUAGAUUACAUUCUGACCAUGUCAAGGAAACUAAUAAAGCAUCACAAUUUUCUUGCACAAAAGGUUCUCCAUGUGUAUUGGAUACUAAUGCUCCCUCAAGGAAGAAGGGGAAGAAUUCUUCAAGGGUAUGUACAAAUGAAGUCCAGAAGGAUCCUGUGUCUCCUUCUUUUCCUAAAGUAUCCACAGAUGCAACUACAAUAGUUGAGCAGUCAGGAUCUCAUGAUGUACAGAACGAAACUUCAGUGAGAGUAGAUGAAGUUAAAGCAGUGCCAGUAACAACUAAUGAAGUCCAGAAGGAUCCUGUGUCUCCUUCUUUUCCUAAAGUAUCCACAGAUGCAACUACAAUAGUUGAGCAGUCAGGAUCUCAUGAUGUACAGAACGAAACUUCAGUGAGAGUAGAUGAAGUUAAAGCAGUGCCAGUAACAACUAAUCCCAAGGCUGAUAUUGUUUGUGAAAUGGAUAAACCAGAUGAAGUUAAAGUGGUAAGAGAAGUUGGUGACAAUGUCAAAGCAUCACUUCGCAGAAAAAGGACGAGAUUUGGGCUAAGGCUUCAUCCUAGAUUACAUUCUGAUCAGGUCAAGGAAUCUAAGAAAGCAUCAGUGUUUUCCUGCAGAAAAGGUUCUUCACUUGUGUUGGAUACCAAUGCUCCCUCAAGGAAGAAGAGGAAGAUUUCUUCAAUAAUGGUAUGUGCAAACAAAGCCCAGAAGGAUCCGGUGUCUCCUUUUUCUAAAGUAUCCACAGAUGCAACUGCAAUGGUUGAGCAAUCAGGAUCUCAUAAUGUACAGAAUGAAACUUUAGUAAGAAGAGAGGAAGGUAAAGCAGUGCUUGUAACAACUAAUCCCAAGGCUGAUAUUAUUUGUGAAACGGAUAAACCAGAGAAACUGUUGGAUAAAUCAGAUUUAACAAGACAAAGGAGUUUGUCCACUGAAAAUCUGGAUGUUCCAGCUUGCAGAGCAGAUGUUGAGGCAGCUAAUGAGUCAUCAGAUAAACUGGAUCCAAAGAAAGUAUCUUAUUUAGAUGAGAAGGUUUCUAGCCGAUCUGCAAAUGAUAAGUUUCUCAAGUACACAUUCUAUAGAAAGCGUAAGAAGGAGGCUAUAAGCGUUCCUGAUACAAAUUGCUCUUUGGAAACAAGAAGUUCGAAGAAAAACUGUGGAGAGAAGCAAAAUGGUUAUGUUGAGCCUCAGAAGUCUUGCACAAUGGCUGAAUCAACUCGUGACAGCCGACGACUAGCACAGGUCGCUCGCCAGCUAAUAUCUUUGUCUGAGAAGAAAUGGUAGAUGGAUCUAUUGCUGUGAUUAUUAUAUUGGGCUGGAGAUUAUUUAUGUCACAAUCCAAUGCACUAUUGUUUCUGGCGGCGGUGUUUUAAGGUUGCUUAACUUUGGUAGAGCCCUGGGAUGUCAUAAAUAUUACUUAAUAUUAGCUUUUCUAUCAUCCUUAGCAUUUCUUUAGCAUUAUAUUCUACAAAACAUAAAUUAUAUACU